AGCUGCGUGGCUCGCUGGAGUUGGUGGGUGAGGGUGGGUACAGGCUACUGCAGUCUGGGCAAGCCCUGGGGGCGGCUCCCGCAGCACGCUCUGGUCAGCCUCCCCUUUAAAAAACCCGCCCGCCGAGGAGGCGGAUGUAGGGGAGGCCCGUCCAAUGGCAGCUGCGCGCCUCGAGAGACUUGGAGACGUGAGCCAGAGCUAGCGACAGAGCCGGUUCCGACCGAUCGACGGACGGCUAGACGGCGGCGGAGGCGCACCAGCUGCCGCCUGCUUGCUUCUCUGCUCCUCACUCUCAUCCCAGCGCCCGCCGCAGCCGCAGCCGCAGCGCCAGCGCGAUGCUCGGCCCAGGCGGUGGGGCAGGGACAAGCACGGCUCCGCGGCCAGCGCGCCCGGGCCCCUAGCGCCCGGUGCCGCCGCCCCGCUUCGGGGAGGACCCCGGCCCCAGCUGGCCCAGGCGCCCUGCCCGCGGGGCCUGUCCAGCCCCGUUGGGAGCGCCGGCCCACCAUGCUCCUGCUGUCGCCGCGCAGCGCGCUCCUCUCCAUCUAUUGCCCGCAGAUCUUUCUCAUCCUGUCCAGCGGCAGCUACCUAGCUCUGUCGUCUGUCGUGGCCCUGGGAGCCAACAUCAUCUGCAACAAGAUUCCUGGCUUGGCCCCACGGCAGCGUGCCAUCUGCCAGAGCCGGCCGGAUGCCAUCAUCGUGAUUGGGGAGGGGGCGCAGAUGGGCAUCAACGAGUGCCAGUACCAGUUCCGCUUUGGACGCUGGAACUGCUCUGCCCUCGGCGAGAAGACUGUCUUCGGGCAAGAGCUCCGAGUAGGGAGCCGUGAGGCCGCCUUCACCUACGCCAUCACCGCGGCCGGCGUGGCCCACGCUGUCACCGCCGCCUGCAGCCAGGGCAACCUGAGCAACUGUGGGUGCGACCGCGAGAAGCAGGGUUACUACAACCAGGCCGAGGGCUGGAAGUGGGGCGGCUGCUCUGCGGACGUGCGCUACGGCAUCGACUUCUCCCGGCGCUUCGUGGACGCCCGGGAGAUCAAGAAGAGCGCGCGGCGCCUCAUGAACCUGCACAACAACGAGGCCGGCAGGAAGGUCCUGGAGGAGCGCAUGAAGCUGGAGUGCAAGUGCCACGGCGUGUCAGGCUCGUGCACCACCAAGACGUGCUGGACCACGCUGCCCAAGUUCCGCGAGGUGGGCCACCUGCUCAAAGAGAAGUACAACGUGGCCGUGCAGGUGGAGGUGGUACGGGCCAGCCGCCUGCGGCAGCCCACCUUCCUGCGCAUCAAGCAGCUGCACAGCUUCCAGAAGCCCAUGGAGACGGACCUGGUGUACAUUGAGAAGUCACCCAACUACUGCGAGGAGGACGCGGCCACAGGCAGCGUGGGCACGCAGGGUCGCCUGUGCAACCGCACCUCGCCAGGGGCUGACGGCUGUGACACAAUGUGCUGCGGUCGUGGCUACAACACCCACCAGUACACCAAAGUCUGGCAGUGCAACUGCAAGUUCCACUGGUGCUGCUUCGUCAAGUGCAACACGUGCAGCGAGCGCACGGAGGUCUUCACCUGCAAGUGAGCCACCAGGCUUCGCGGCAGGUGAGCCGCGUGGAGGCUGCAGCCCCCCCCCCCCCCCCGCUGGCGGAAUUUUGCACGUGCCCUCUGCCCGCCCUGCUCGCCAGCAGCUGGCUGUAGGCAGAAGUUGGGGAGGGAGGGAGCUCUGGGUGCAGGAGGGCUCCCACCUGGCCUUCACCUUCUCCCUGCUCCCCCACCCCCGGCACCCGGGGCUCCUUCCUAGCAUUCCCAUCACUUCCCGGGACAGAACAGUGCCCACCACCCAGCCGAGAGGGCGAGGCCAAUGGCACUGGCGUCCUUGAUGAGGACAGUGAAUUCCUUUUCUGUUCUCCGGAGAGUGAAUCUCAAGGACGCACAUGUAUCCUGGAAAGCAAAGCAAUGACGAGACUGUGAGUGUCCCUCUCCCUCUCCUGGUGGCACAGAAAUGGAAAUGCCAUGCCGGCCCACGCAAGACUGUUUCCCAGGCUGCAUCAGCUGCUGGGCCCCAGGCAGUGUGGACAGAUGCUGACAAAAUUAUUUAUGUUUUCUUAGUGUCAGAAUAGGAUUCUUAGCGCUAAGGCUAACCAGUCCUAACCCCACGGCCUCCGUGUUCGGGCACCCCUCGCUGCCCUCUGCUUCCUCUCCUGGCCCCUGGGGGCCCACGGGAGCAUCCCAGUGCCCGGCCCCCUCCUGGCCCUGCCCCAGGUGGAGGUGGCAGUGCGUGAGGUUCCCAGGGCAGUAGGGCAGACGCUGGGUGGCCCACACGGCCCCAAGAAGGCCUCUGAGGGGGGCCAUCGGCAGGGACCUCCAGCCCCUCUUCCUUUCUUUUUGAAAAUCGUAUCAAAAAAUCAAAAUGUCACCUGUGUCAGGUUCCAAGAGUGUCGCUUCCCCUCCCUGAUGCUGUCCCCCUCCCAGCCCCCUUCCAGCCUGGCACCCCCCUCCCCACCCCAGUUCACAAAACCCCCAGGACAGCAUUGUGCCAGGGGUGGGCUGGAGGGUGGGGUGCAGUUCGGGGUGUUUGCCUUCUUUCACAGGCCCGGGAUGGCUUGAGCACUGGCCAGAGAUCCCCAAGGGGAGGCUCCCGCCUUGGCUCAGGCGUCCUGACCCCAGAGGAUGUGCCCUGGGGACACCCAGGAUGGCAUGAAGCGCCCCAUGCCUGAGAAGUCUGGCUGUGUCCCUCCCCCUGCUGCCAGCCUCUGGGGGCUGCACCCCAGCCCCUGAGGUUUCUCCGGGGGUCUCCUUGACCAUCUCAGCUCCUUGCCCUGACCCUAAUGCUGAGAAAACUCAGAUCUGGGGCUUCACUGUGCCAGGACCCUGCCUACUGUCCCAGCAGAUGCUACCCUCCAGACACCUCCCCGUACCAUGCAGACCCUCCCUUGAAGUCCAACUCACCCCAAAACCUGGGAGAUGGGAAUGAGAAGGGGUCCUGCUCAGUUCUAAACUAUGUGUGGGGUGGGGAGAGGUGGAAACCUGGUACCCAGGGCUGGACAUGUCCUCUGUUAGCAAUCCCACCCCUCCCUGGGGAGACUGAGGCAUGGAGGAAGUGAUUUGCCAGAAAGGAUGGCAUGCAACCGGCUUCUGGUGCAGUCCCACCCGCCCCCAGUCUAGGGGAUUUCCUUGCAGAAACCUGUGGAGAUGUGUCCUCGGGCAGUUGACCAGCCAAGUGGUCUGGACAUUAGCCUGGGGUGAGUGCCACUGUGUGAGCCUUGGUGCUGGUGUCCACCCUGUGUGCCCCCAGUGGUGCCAGGACACUCCAUUAGCUGCUGUCCGGGGAGCUUCACCGUGAAUGCCCCCCAGCCCCACCACCCUACCUACCUGGGUCCCUGGACACGCCCAAGGCCACAGGCCCAGCGUCCUCUGCCAAGGAACCUGGUUAACUUAUAUUGUUAUAUAGUGUCAAAAUGUCUAUAGUGUCUUAAAUUAUUGUGACCUACACUGGGUACUGGAGGCGGGGAUGGCCCUGUGCUGUCCCUGAGCCAGGCUCCUCCUUCUGCUUGAAACAGACUCUUGGGGCCCCUCCCUGAUGCCACCGAGUCAUGCGCACUGUCCCUCGGCUGCCGGGCGCCCCCGCCGAGGCCCCACCCUUCCUAACAGUCUGUCAGCAGCAGCCUUUCCUUGGGGUGAGAGGGGCGGUGGCAGCAGUGUCCCUACAGGGCCCCCACUCAGAGGAGCUGGCGGGUUUCUGACGGGCUAUCCGGCCUCCCCUGGAGGGGAGCGCCCGGCUCCAAUAAAGCUGGAAUCGGAGA